GGGAGAGGAGCGGGGGGAGGCGAGGAGCUAUGUGGGAAGGAAGCUGCCGCCAUUUUAGAGCUCCCUAUGGGAGACCCUCCCCCCGUAUCCCUGGUCCCCCCUCCCUGUGUGCUCUGCACCCCCUUGUUUGGCUUCUGCCCUUUCCUCUCCCCGCCUCGUAAUUCCUAUGGAGGCCCACCUUUUCCUCCCUAUCAGCAAGCCAUGUUCUGGAAGUUUGACCUCCACACGACCUCUCAUAUCGACACCCUCUUGGAGCGUGGCAACGUGACCCUCUUUGAGCUUCUGGAUGAGGAGGAUGUGCUGCAGGAGUGCAAGGUGGUCAACCGCAAGCUGGUGGACUUCCUAGUGCAGCCCGAACACAUGGAAGCGCUGGUCACCUGUGUGACUGAGGAGCCCCCAGGAGACGUGGACGAGAGAGUGCGCUACAAGUACCCAAGCGUGUCGUGUGAGAUCCUGACGUCGGACGUCACACAGAUCAACGAUGCAUUGGGCGAGGAUGAGUCCCUCUUGCGGCGCCUCUACAGCUUCCUCCAGACUGGCGGCAUCCUCAACCCACUGCUGGCCAGCUUCUUUAGCAAGGUCAUGGGCAUCCUUAUCAACCGCAAGACCGAUCAGAUAGUUGCCUUCCUGCGCAAGAAGGACGAUUUUGUCAACCUGCUGCUAUGCCACAUUGGUACCUCGGCCAUUAUGGACCUUCUGUUGCGGCUCCUCACCUGUGUGGAGCAGCCGCAGCUCAGGCAAGAUGUGUUCAAUUGGCUUAAUGAGGAGAAGAUUGUGCAGAGGCUCAUUGGGAUGAUCCACCCUUCAAAAGAUGACAAUCAACAUUCCAAUGCUUCACAGUCCCUGUGCGACAUUAUCCGGCUGAGCCGUGAGCAGAUGAUCCAAAUCCAGGACAGUCCUGAGCCAGACCAGUUAUUAGCCACGCUUGAGAAGCAGGAGACGAUUGAGCAGCUGCUAAGCAAUAUGCUGGAUGGAGAACAGAGCGAGUCUGUCAUUGUCAACGGGAUCCAGGUCUUGCUGACCUUGCUGGAGCCACGCAGACCCAGAACAGAGCUGGGUGGCAUGGGGGGCUUUUACUGCAACCUGGAAGGGCAGAUGGAGAUGACCGGACCCAACUGUGAAGUGGCGUCCAGCCAGGCCAGUCUGGGCACUCUGCUUGCCAUCAAACAGCGUCUCAGGGAGCUUCACCAGCUGCUCCUCGACCCACCAAAGAAAGAGCCCCUGCAGACAACAUGGGGAAUCCUGGACCCACCACUGGGAAACACGCGCCUGCACGUGGUGAAGCUGCUGGCCAGCUCACUGGGCACCAACAACGCUGCACUGCAGGAUGAGAUUAUAGAGCUUGGAGCCCUCGACACAAUGUUGGAUCUGUACUUCAAAUACACGUACAACAACUUCUUGCACGCUCAGGUGGAGGCCUGCCUUAGCAAUGUUUUCAGUUCCCAUGCUGGGGGUGAGACGAUUGAGAACCACUCGGAGCCCCUCCCAGAGAAUCCUGUCAUCCAACAUUUGCUGCAGAAGUGUCACUUAAUCCAAAGAAUUUUGUCUGCCUGGGAAGAAAAUGAGCAAUUGCAGUUGGAUGGGGGCAGACGCAAGGGCUACAUGGGGCACCUUACCCGCAUUGCCAACGCCUUAGCACAAGGCUCUGAGAAGUGGCCCCACUCUGACCUCAUCAAGCAGCUCUUGAAAGAGCUGACUGAGGAGGAGCAAGAGCAAUGGGAGAAGUUUGUUUCAGGGCCCUUGUCGGAGACUAACAAGAAGAACACUGUGGAUCUUCAGGUUAACAUGCACAACCUCCAUUCGUCAAGUGAUGACGACGACAAUGACCUCAAGGAAUUCAGCUUCCCUCAGGAGGCUGUCCUGCAGCAGAUGGCUUGUGGCCAUGCAGCUUCCUCGAUUCCCACCCUGAGGCAUGACCUCUCCUUCCCAGAGGGAAACGGUAUCUCUGCAGCCUUUGUAGAUUACCAACUGCAGCAGAUGACUUCAGCGUUCAUUGACCACUUUGGCUUUAAUGACGAGGAGUUUGGAGAGCAGGAAGAGAAUGUCAAUGCUCACUUCCGACAGCUGAAAAGCGCCCCUUUCGACAAGACGGCCAACAUCACCUUCUCCUUGAAUGCGGAUGAUGACAGCCCUAACUCCAAUCUCUUUGACAUCUGCUACAAAGAGCGGAUCCAGCAGUUUGACGAUGACGAAGAGGCUGAUGGUUCAGACGGGGAAGACAUCUGGCAGGAGAAGGAGGCGGCUGCAGCUUCUGGCACAGCACAGCCCACAGCAGCCAGAAGCCUUGGCAGCACAGAUAGUGAAGACAGCGAGGACUCUGAAGAGGAAGGUGGCGAGGAGGAAGAUCCUGGUGGGGGAGAUGGAGACGGAGAUACCACCCCUGUCAGCAAUGGCUGUGGGGAACAGAUGGAAAUGGAGAGCACGUUGGGAGAUCCCAGCUGGGCAGACAGUCCCUCUGAUAUUUCUGCAGUACCGACAGUGUCCCCUCAGCCUGUGGCUGCUGAUACAGGAGCAGCCGUGUGGGACAGAACCAGCUCCGAUGCCACCACAGAUGAGAAUUGGGCCUCCUUCACAGAACCCCACACGCAACAAGAGAGUCCCUCCAAAACACUUGUGGGUCCUGCCUCCCCUACAAUCCUCCCUCAGGAAGCGACACAAAGCAAUGUAUCCUCAGCAGGAGUAGCCUCUAGUGUUCAACAUGACCCUCCUACCCCAGACACAGGCCCCCCAGAAAAGUGUGACCCACCAAAUCUCACCACUAUGACAACGGUAGCCAGCAGCACAGUAGAACCUCCCCCAUCUACCUCUGAUUCCGCUCAACCGCCCCAGGGGACAACAGAGGCUCCACAACCUGAGCACAGCUCCCCACAGACAGAGCAGCAGCAGCAACUGGCAGCCAGAUAAAGCCUCUCAGUGGGUCUCAUCACUGGGGAAGCCCACCGCUGCUCGCUCGAUCAAGUCCAUUUUGCCAGGGACUGUCCCCAGUCCUUCCGGUGCCUUCACACCUCUGGGCAGGUGCAUGGGGCAGAAGAGAAAGCAGCAAGGGGCAAAGAAGGGUCCCAGUCUCUGUCUCCUUAUCCCACCCCCAGCAAUCACUGAAGAAAUCAGGACCUGGUACCAACGAGCGCCUGCGUGAGAAACGGAUGUGCAUACAGAGGACCGAAGCACCAUCCUCCUAGCGGCAUGUUGGUUGAUGAAUCCCAGCAACAGCGUCCCCUGCGGGGGGCAGUCUCCCUCCACCAUUGGCACAAUGCCUCCCCCACCCCCAUGCGAUUCAUUGCUGCACUGAGCAAACCUGUCUGUUUUGAUGCAAUUAAAAUUGACGCUUGAAUUGUAUUAGAGGUCUUCUGAUGGAGUACCACCGAGUGGGGCAGGGAGAACACAGUCAAGCAAAAACCUCUUGAUAUUGAGGGCUCCUCCUCCAACCGAUAGCCCUACCUUCAAGCACAAAUUUGCCACUCUUUCCCCAUCUAAAUUGAUCCGUAGGGGGUAGGGUGGGAGCCUCAUGUGGAUGAAGCGGGGGUUACAAUUUGCUUCAGGAGGUUGUAACGGGCUUCUCCGCAGACUAACGCAAGCAACAGGCUUAGGAGAAUAGUGAGGCAUGGGAGAUUUUAUAGUAGGUUCAAGGCUUGUGUGAAAUGUCCUUUCCAUGUUGGGAUUAAAUCAUGGGAUUUUUAUGCAUCAACAUGCUUGUGCACCCACCGCCCCUGUGAGAAAUGACUGUUUGAAGCUACUAUUCAAGCAGGAGCAGUAGGAAAGUGUCUGGGAGAAUCGGGCAGAGCAAAGCUUCCUGGUCUCUUGCCUGAAAACAGUUGUUUUUUUUCUCCCCUGCCCCUAAGGAACUGUCCCUGUGUCCUUGGGGUCUUCAACCAAUCUACUCAGUGAGGUUUUAAGAAUGUUUUGUAUGUGCACCAAUGCGAAAUUUCAAUUGACUCUUCCAAAAGUUAUCAUUUUGUUUCCCCUUCUGAUAUGUUCAUCAGUUCGCUGGGGUUUAAGCUUGAUAUUGCUCCAUCUCUUCCCAAAGAUUCAGGCCUCACCCCCAUCCAUUCUUUUCAGCGUUUUUUCUUUAAUGUUUCAGAACUGUUCUGUGGGAAGUCCACUGUCUCCUACAACCAUUGCCUUAGGGGAUUCCAGUAGACUCACUCUUGCGUCCUCCCUCCUGCGACAAUGGUUCUUGGCUAUGCAUCCAGGAAACUUAUUUUCUUCUUUCUUCCUCCCAUGCAAAUGGUUAUGUGCCACUUGGUCCUGGAGAGAAUCUUUAGACCAUCCAUGAUUUGGAAAAGUCAACUGAUUUUCCGACAAACGGUUGGGAGUUCUGCAGUUUUGCUGUACUUGUGACUAGUGACAGGGAUAUUGAUGAGUCCAUCCUCAGAGUUCAGUAUAAUUGACACCAACUGCACGUUAACCCAUCAAGGUUGUUGGUGAAUUUUGGCUUGCUUGUAUGCUGCAUUGACUGCAGCAAGCAUCUUCUCUCGCAAUUUAUCCUAAGGGUGGGGUUCAGUAAGUCCCCCCCCCUCAAGGUUCAUCAGAAUUGGCGGGUGGGGGUGUUGCACCUUUGGAUUACUAUAGAAAGAGGAGGAGUUCCUGUACAUGCCUACAAUAUGUCCUAGAAAUGUAACCUUAGACUCCCAACAUAUUUUCUCUCUCCUUACCCACCCAGUUCCUGAAUCUGCCUGGGUUGUGUGGGUGAGUGUGUGUUCUGUUGGAAACCAGACUCUCUCCUGCCUCCAAGAGUUCUUGCUUUGAGUCCUGCACUUCUUCACAUGCAAGACCCCCACUACCUUUACAGAGUGCCCAAGGAACUGGCGAUCCCUUUGUACUACUUUCUCCAAAGAGACCCUUUGCCCUCCCUCAGACACCAAUGAGUUCUCAUUCCCAACCCUCCCGUUCUUGGCCCUGCCAGAUUCUGCUCCUCCAGGGUCCCUAAGCAGAGUUCUCCACCAAAAGCUCCAGAAUCACUGCUUUUUCUCUUCUUCCUCCCCAAGCUAUUGAUGUUUGUUUUUUUGGAGUUUCUGCAGCUCCUUUUAUAGUGUUAAAACGGAAAAGGAAAAAAAAAUCACUGCCUCAUCCUUGCCUCUGACUACAGAAUCAGGACAGGAGCAUUGCAAAGGUUUAACCAAGAAUGCCUUGAGAUUUGGAGGGCAAGGAAUUCCAGUGUCCAUGGGUCUUAGUGGGGAGGGAGUGUCAAGAGGGUCUAAUAUCAGGGUCAUGGAGGUUAGUCUUGACACUUCAAGGGUGGUAAAGAAGUGGUGGUGAGGAACACCUUCCUUGUGAAAGAACUCGGUGCACCCUCCCCUCCCACCACCUCUUUUUACUUCCAGGUGAUCAGUAGACUUGCUCUCUCCUUUCUUCCCUCCCUGCUCCCCCCCACCCCCAUAUAAGUGGCAAUAUUUCUUGAAGCUCUUAAAAACCACAAGGACAGAAGUGGCCUUUCGCGUUGUCUGCGUCAUGCCAUGUUGGUAAUUAUUUUUUCUUUUCCCCCCCUGUGUGUGUAUGUGUGUGUUCUGUUUGAAUAAAGAGAUUCUAUGGCCGUA